AUGUCGGCCGAGGACGGGCGCGAGACGUCGUCGGGGAUCGAGGUGGAGGCGUCGGACGCGAGCCUGAGCCUGACGGGCUCGGCCAGCCUGAGCCUGACUCAGAGCUCCUCGGAGCCGGCGGCGCCCGCGGGGGGCACGCGGGGGGGACCCCGCGGGGACACCGACAGCGACAGCUCCGGGGAGCGCGACUCGGACAGCAUGGACGACACCGGCCACUACUCCAUCCCCGAGGAGGAGCCGCGCGGCGACGGCGACGAGGACGAGGAGGAGGAGGAGGAGGAGGAGGAGGAGGAAGAGGAGGAGGAGCGGCGCCGCUCCCGCCGGCGCUCCCUGCGCAAGCGGCCGCCCCACGAGCGCGACUCGUCGGACGAGGAGCAGGCGCUGGAGGACUGGGUGGCCUCGGAGACGUGGGCGCUGCCGCGGCCGCGCUGGAGGGCGAUCCCGGCCCUGCGCCAGCGCCAGCUCGGCUCCUGCGCCCGCUUCGUGCCCGAGGCGUGCGGGGCCCGGCUGUUCGUGCAGCGGUUCCGGCUCCAGCACGGCCUGGAGGGGCACACGGGCUGCGUCAACACCCUGCACUUCAACCAGCGCGGCACCCGCCUGGCCAGCGGCUCCGACGACCUCAAGGUGCUCGUCUGGGACUGGCUCCGGCGCAGGCCCGUCCUCCAGUUCGACAGCGGCCACAAGAGCAACGUCUUCCAGGCGAAAUUCCUGCCCAACAGCGGGGACUCCACGCUGGCCAUGUGUGCCCGGGACGGGCAGGUCCGAGUGGCCGAGCUCUCGGCCACCCAGUGCUGCCGGGGCACCAAACGGGUGGCACAGCACAAGGGGGCAUCACACAAGGUGAGAGAAGCAUUCCCGGGAAUCUGGAAUCCAUGGGAAUCCUAA